CUCCGCUCGCAGCCCCAGAGGCUGCCGUUCUCGAGGCUGAGCCGUGAGGACGCCGGGCACCCGCCGGGGCUCUACGGGGCCGCGCAGCAGAGCGCGCGCCCGUCUGGUGCUCGCGCGGGGCUAGUGCGGCGCUGCUGGGUGCUGCGGGAAGGCGCUGGGCUGCGGGAGCCUGGCAGGGCAGCCGCAGCCUUGGCGAGGCCGGCAGGAACCGAGCGGAGGGACGAGCCGGGGACCGAGGAUUUUGCAAGCCAGCCAGUCAGUGGUAGCCCUUCCAGUAACCAUGUUUUGAAGCUGCUGAAAAUCCAGUUUCCUCCUAAACCCAAUAUAAAAUUAGCAGUCUACUGUACUAAAAGGGACUGUGCCUGACAAGCCUAGCUUUCUCUAAAACUUAUUUUGUUGAUUGAGAAUGACUUUACUAGAACUUAAGAGGAACACCAAAAAAAAUGGUCUCACUUCCUGUCUGCUUCAGUGUCAAAAUACACUAUGGAAACUGGACAACAUCAAUUUGAGUGGAUUUUGAAAAAUGUCUAAAGGUUAACGGGUAGCAUCUACAUUCUGCCUUCUCCCCACUCUUUACAAAAGAAUAAAUGAGAUGUUUGAGAAGAGAGCUAUAUUAAAAGAGCAAUGUUGCAAAUGGCUUCAGAAUCUGUGAAUGCAAAACAAGCUAGGAAUCACUGCACAAAGGUGAAAAGGCAGCAGCAUCAGCAAAUAAAGAAUAGGUCUUCAAUUAGUGAUGGUGAUGGAGAAGACUCCUUUAUCUUUGAAGCAAAUGAAGCUUGGAAAGAUUUUCAUGGUUCCCUUCUCCGGUUUUAUGAAAAUGGAGAACUCUGUGAUGUCACACUAAAGGUUGGCUCAAAGCUCAUCUCUUGUCACAAACUAGUAUUGGCUUGUGUUAUCCCCUACUUCAGAGCCAUGUUUCUCUCUGAAAUGGCUGAAGCCAAGCAAACACUGAUUGAGAUCAGAGAUUUUGAUGGUGAUGCAAUAGAAGACUUGGUUAAAUUUGUCUAUUCUUCACGGCUCACUUUGACUGUUGACAAUGUCCAGCCUCUCUUAUACGCAGCCUGUAUUCUACAGGUUGAACUGGUGGCUAGAGCUUGUUGUGAAUACAUGAAGUUACAUUUUCAUCCCUCCAACUGCCUGGCAGUGAGAGCCUUUGCUGAAAGUCACAACCGAAUAGACUUAAUGGACAUGGCGGAUCAGUAUGCCUGUGAGCAUUUUACUGAAGUAGUGGAGUGUGAAGACUUUGUAAGUGUGUCACCCCAACAUCUCCAUAAGCUUUUGUCCUCCAGUGAUUUAAAUAUUGAGAAUGAAAAGCAGGUCUAUAGUGCAGCCAUCAAGUGGCUUCUUGCAAAUCCUCAGCAUCAUUCCAAAUGGUUGGAUGAAACACUUGCACAGGUUCGUUUGCCAUUGUUGCCAGUUGAUUUUCUUAUGGGUGUUGUGGCAAAAGAACAGAUUGUCAAGCAAAAUCUAAAAUGUAGAGAUUUAUUGGAUGAAGCAAGAAAUUACCAUCUUCACUUGAGUAGCAGAGCAGUACCUGACUUUGAAUACUCCAUUCGGACUACCCCAAGGAAGCGAACUGCUGGUGUGCUGUUUUGUGUAGGUGGUCGAGGUGGAUCUGGUGACCCCUUUCGCAGUAUUGAAUGCUAUUCUAUCAGCAAAAACAGUUGGUUUUUUGGGCCAGAAAUGAAUAGUCGAAGGCGACAUGUGGGUGUAAUCUCUGUGGAAGGUAAAGUGUAUGCAGUUGGUGGACAUGAUGGAAAUGAACAUUUAGGUAGCAUGGAGAUGUUUGAUCCUUUGACUAAUAAAUGGAUGAUGAAGGCAUCAAUGAACACAAAGAGGCGAGGAAUUGCCUUGGCCUCCUUGGGAGGUCCAAUUUAUGCAAUUGGUGGGUUAGAUGACAACACUUGCUUCAAUGAUGUAGAAAGAUAUGACAUAGAAUCUGAUCAGUGGAGUACAGUGGCACCAAUGAAUAGUCCUCGUGGAGGAGUUGGCUCUGUGGCUCUUAUAAACCAUGUUUAUGCAGUAGGUGGCAAUGAUGGAGUAGCUUCUUUAUCUAGUGUGGAGAGGUAUGAUCCACAUCUGGAUAAGUGGAUAGAAGUUAAAGAAAUGGGUCAACGAAGAGCAGGCAAUGGAGUUAGUGAGCUCCAUGGUUGCUUGUACGUUGUUGGUGGUUUUGAUGAUAAUUCUCCUCUGAGUUCAGUUGAGCGGUAUGAUCCUCGGAACAACAAAUGGGAUUAUGUAGCAGCACUUACCACUCCCAGGGGUGGAGUGGGGAUUGCAACAGUGAUGGGCAAAAUCUUUGCAGUUGGUGGGCAUAACGGCAACGCGUACUUAAAUACAGUGGAAGCAUUUGAUCCAGUGCUGAAUAGGUGGGAGCUGGUUGGACCUGUGUCUCACUGCAGAGCUGGAGCAGGUGUAGCUGUGUGUGCCUGUUUAACCAGCCAAAUUCGAGAUGUAGGUCAUGGAUCCAAUAAUGUGGUUGAUUGUAUGUGAUUUUGAGUUCCGGCCACCAACAAUUUAGUCAUAAUUGAUAUGCAAGAAGGACAACCAGGAUUUUGUAUGACCACCUUUGAACAGUUUUCACUACUGCUGGAGUUUUAUUUUAAAUGAAAACUAUUGUAUUGUGACUAAGUGCAACAUUUAGAAUGGUAGCUAAUGAUCUGUUGUAAUAAAAGUAAAUUUGAUACUUUCCACUUUAGCAAAUAAUGGGGUAGGGAAGAAAAACAAUUUAACCUGAAACCAUACCUCCUCUGAAAAAUGUUUGAAGUAGUACCAGAACCUUGAAAUCCCUCUUUAAAGACAUUUGGAUAAAUCAAAAUGUAAAAUGGAAUCAUUUCCAUUUUACCUGAGUUUUACCUUCUCUUUUGCCUAACAGUGUUAACUGUAGGCAGUGGACUUCUCCUAGAGGGGAGAUUAGAACCUAGUCUUCAACACAAGUAUAUCAGGACACAUAAGAGACCUGCUCCUUUUGAAGAUCAUUUCUACUUCGUGCUGAUGAAUUUAUGCCUUGCUUUUUUUCUAGAUGUCGAUUUUUUAAUUUCUUGGAUAUUUAUAGAAGUAGAAAAAAUGUUUACUCUUUUUCAGUGUCACUUGGCUGAAUUUUCAGAAGCUUUAUGGGCUUCUGCUGUAAGAAGCCCUUAAUUACAGUUUGACUUAUUUAGGGUACCAAACACCUACCUGAACUAAUCCCAUCUGAAUAAAUCUAUACUUGUAUUUUUUCAUCUCAUGCAAAAAGGACUUGUUUCAUAUUAGCAAAAAUUGAACCAGAAGAAAUAUUACAGGAGAAGGCUUUAGAGUUGAUAUUAUUCUGGUGCCCCGAUGAGAGACCUUGAGAAGAAAUGGUGCCGAUUACAUGACUCCCUGAGAGGAAUUUGAAAAUAUGUCUCUUGUUUGAUUUAAUCAUUUGGUUUUGAGCCUAGGAUUAUUAUCUUUCCAUUUUGCUCUUUUCCACCAUCUUGGUUUCAAAAAAACCCGGAAUUUGGAUGUAUUUAUUACCAGAAAAUGAAUGCAUUUUUACAAAAAUUCUUUAUAGAUUAUGGUUUACUGAUUAGUUCAAAUCCAUUAUUACCAAUAAAAGAUAUUGUUACUAAAAACAGCAAGAUUGAAAUUUACUGUCUUUUCUGUUUAAUGAACUUCAGUAUAUUUAUUGAACUUCAAUUGAAAAUAUUUCUGCGCAUUAAUUUGAAGCCAGAAUAUUGAUAAACCUACUGAUUUAACAGCUCUUCCUGGUUUUAGCCAAUAUUAUAAAAUGGCCUAUUCAUUAUAUGUAAAUAUUUGUGUGAAUAUUUAUGAAGAAUAUUAAAAUACUCUGUUUUGUAUUUGGAAUGCACUUUGGUACCUCUCUUCCAGGCUUCCUUGAAUUUUCCUGUCAUCAUGCCUCCCAAUUUAGUGUAGUUUAUUGCUGGUUCACAAGGAAGCUGGGGUAUUGAGGAACCCAUCCAGCCAGCUCUGAAGUUGAUUGCCUAUUAACUCUGAUGGUCCUCGUUAAAAGGUAGCCUUGUCCACAUAGUAGAGUAGAAAGCCACAUUACAAAAGCCAGUGUCUAUUGAGUUUAUUAGACCAAAAAAAGAAAAAACAAUUUUUAAGAGGAUCUCAGGCUAACAGAUAAAGGUCUUUCAUGAAGCAGAUUUAAAAGUUCCCAAGUUAGGCCACUUUCUGCUGUCAGCAGCCUAUAGGCAAGGUCAUAAGUCUUUGCUGGAACUAAAUCAGUGUUCUCUUAUAUAGCUAUAACCAUAUUUCAGUCAUUCCUCAAAACAUUGAACUCUCUAGCACUCACUGGACUGGUUACCAUUAGCUGGGUGUGGAGCAUAAAUGUCAGCACCUGGCUUCAACUGUCUCUUUCUUAUGUCUGAUAAGCUCUUAUGUUAUACUGCUUGUCUGGCUAUGGUUACUAGUAGGUUUGUUAUAUUUAUUUUGUGGAAGAGAGGAUCAUGGUCUUAUUUCUAAGAUUAUUUAAAAUGGUUUUUUUCUUUAACAUAUUUCUGCCUUUCAUGUUUGCAGAAUUUGGGAACAUAUAGGUAUUAAAUUUUUUUUUUUAAGGUGUUAAAUUUCUAUUUCUGGUUUUUACUAUACCGUAGUCAUCUAACAUACUAACAUACCCUAGCUACCUAUAAAAUAGGAACUACUCAUAAGGGAAGUAAAGUGAAGUGAAGAAAACAUGUUGGCUGUCUGUUAUAUUAUGUGUAAAUCAUUAGAAACAGAGUUUGGGAGGACCUGACAAUGGUUAUGAAAAGACAAAUAGUGGAACCAAUAUUCAUAAUUUAUUAAAAACAUUCAUAUAAAAUGAGAAUCAGGCUGAAGGAAUCAAUGCAAUUGAAAAAUGAUUAAAUUCACAGGAAUAAAGAGAUGACAUUAUUAAAAGAAUAUGGUUACUUAAUUGUGAGGCCUUUCAUUUUAACCUCAGAUGUUAGUAAGAAAAGCAAAAAGUGAUAUAAAAUUUUGAAAUGAUAGAUGGGAGAAAAAGAAAAAGUGAAAAUUUCCAUAUUAUUAUUUCUUCAAAAAGUAUUAUAGGUGCUUUUGUGUGAUUCUCCCAUAAAGUUAUUAAAGCCACUGCUUUCCUAUAUUGAUUGUGUUGCUACUUAAAAAAAAAUUACCUAAUAUUGGUUUUGGUUAAUUUCACUGUACUCUAUGUAACUGAUUAUUUUAAAUUAUUUUAAAUGUUUGAAUAAACUUUGUAUUCCCUCUAAGGAA